AUGCUCAAAUGUUUAACCAGAAAAUCUGACCCUGUUUGUAAAGCUUAAAAUUACAAAUUAAGAAAUCGAAAAUAUAAAGAAGAAUACAUAAUAGCUGAAGGAGGAUAUGCAUAUAUUUGGAAAUGUGAGAACUUUGCUAUAAAAAGAAUAUUCAUUUAAUCUUAAGAAGUCUAUAAAAUGGCUAUGUAAGAAAUAAGAAUAAUGGUAUAAAUAUUAUUUAACAUAGACAAGAUUACCAGAACAUCCUAAUAUUGUAAGAAUAAUUGAUUUUGGAGAAAUAAAAAUACAAAAUAAAAUGUUUAUUUGUUUAGUAAUGGAAUUAUGUUAAAACAACUUAUUUAAUGUUUUAUAAUAGGAAGUAUUAAAUGAAAGAAGAAUAAUAGAAAUAUUUAAAUAAAUUCUUGAUGGAUUGGAAGUAUUGCAUGCAGAAUAGAUUAGUCAUAGAGAUUUAAAACUUGAAAAUAUUCUUAUAUAAGGAGAAAUCUUUAAAUUAUGUGAUUUUGGAUCAGCAUCCAAUGAAAUCAUUGAUCUUAGUUAAUUAAAUAAAGCAUAAUUAUAAUAAUAAGAAGAAGUGUUCUCUUAAACAACAACUAUUACAUAUAGACCACCAGAAAUGAUAGAUGUAUUAACAAGAUAGGUAAUAGAUACAAAAGUUGAUAUAUGGUAAUUGGGAUGUAUUUUGUAUAGUAUGUGUUUUCGUAAAUCAGCAUUUUCAGAAUAGAACAAAAUUGGAAUUGCAUAAGCGAUAUUUGAAAUUCCAUAAUCUUAAAUUUCAAUUAGUACUGUGACAUUAAUUUAAAAAAUGUUAUAAUAGGAUCCAAAGAAAAGACCAACAAUAAAAGAGAUUAAGAUAUCAUUAUAUGGUGGAACAGAAGAUGAUGAAUGGGGAGAAUUUUAAUGA